GAAAACAACAGUAAAUAACUUCCGGUUUAUUUUAUACUCUGGAAUCACGACGGAAAUCUAUUAAAAAAAAACAAUAUCUCGACCUGAUUCAAUUUAUAAAUUUUUGACCAACUUAAUUGAACCAAGAUAACAAAAAUGAACAUUAGAUGCGCAAGGGUAAGCUCUAAAUCAAAAUACCAAUAUUCUACUGAUACCGGUUGUCCUGAGCGAUAAUACAGGUUCACUUGUUUUCAGCCCGACGAUUUGCUUAAUAUGCAGCACUGUAAUUUAUUGUGUUUACCUGAAAACUAUAUGAUGAAAUACUAUUUGUAUCACGGUUUGUCAUGGCCCCAAUUAUCCUAUGUUGCUGAGGAUGAGUCCGGAAACAUUGUCGGAUAUGUCUUGGCUAAAAUGGAAGAAGAUCCAGAAGAUGUUCCUCACGGUCAUAUCACAUCUUUAGCCGUCAAGAGAUCGUACAGAAGAUUAGGUUUGGCUCACAAAUUGAUGGAGCAAGCGUCAAGAGCUAUGGUGGAAUGCUUCAAUGCUAAAUAUGUCUCCCUGCAUGUUAGGAAAAGUAAUAGGGCUGCUCUUCAUUUAUACCAAAACACUUUGAAAUUUGCAAUUAGUGAAAUAGAGCAAAAAUACUAUGCCGACGGAGAAGAUGCUUACGCAAUGAGAAGAGAUUUAUCUGAGAUAAACUCAAAGAAAGAAGAACAGAAAGAAAAUGAAAGCAAAACAGAAGAAAACAAUGAAAGUAAAUCAGUUGAUAAUGAUGUAAGCAAUAAAAGUGCGAAGAACGAAUCCCCGAAACACAAAAAGAAAUAA